UCAGUCAGUCGACUUUCUAUGGUUUGAGGAAAACCAUGCGUGUGUGACUCGGAACAGUGCGCGAAACGUCCUCUUAACUGUACGCUAUACAUUUAUUUCAGAUCAAUUGUGAAAGAAAUGCUAAGGAAUUUAAGUACCAGUGUUCGUUAACCUAAACAAAAGCUAUUUUCUUGGCAGAAAUUCGCGAAUCAAUUUUAUUAAAAUCGACAGCCAUUUUUUCGUCAACUAUACAAGCUUAACAGCUUACAGAAUUAUAAGAAGUGGAAAUAACGAAGAAAAAAUACAUUUUACGAUUUCGGUUUCGUUCAUAGUGAUUCCCUAAACCUUUAGAAAGGAUGGCUACGAUUGGCAGACUGUCUGCACUCCGAAUAGCGAUGUCUUUCGGACCUGAAUUGAGUUUCCUGAUCCUUCUAAGGAUGCUCAUCAACAUGCACAGACCCGAUAUCGCCGAUCGCGAGCACAGAGUCAAACCGAUAUCCCCGGUGAACAUUCAAAGCAGUUACGAUUUCGUGAUAAUCGGUGGAGGUUCAGCUGGCGCGGUAAUGGCAAAUCGUUUGUCGGAAAAUGGUAACUGGACGGUGUUAUUGUUGGAGGCUGGCCCCGACGAACCACAAAUAUCGGACGUACCAGUCGCGUUGCCGGUUUUACAGCUCUCGCCAUUGGAUUGGCAAUUUAAAACGGAACCUUCGGAAGGGUAUUGUCUAGCUAUGAAGAAUCGCAAGUGCAACUGGCCACGUGGCAAGGUCCUCGGUGGAAGUAGUGUACUAAACGCGAUGCUCUACAUCCGUGGCAAUAAGAAAGACUACGAUGGCUGGGAAAUGCUAGGUAAUCCAGGAUGGAGUUACGAAAACGUGUUGCCCUACUUCAAGAAGUCCGAAGACAUGAGGAUCAAAGAAUUUGAAAAUUCGCCGUACCACCAAACAGGUGGAUACCUCACCGUAGAGCAUUUUAAGUACCGUACACCCAUAACUAAUUACAUGGUAAAAGGAGUCACCGAAAUGGGUUACGAACUGGUAGAUUCGAAUGGACCUGUUCAAACUGGAAUUACGUACUCACAUGCUACAGUGAGGGAUGGGCUUCGUUGCAGCACCGCGAAGGCUUUCCUUCGAUCGGCUUCGAAGAGGAAGAAUCUGCAUGUUAGCAUACACUCGGUCGCGGAGAAGAUUUUGGUGCGCGAAGAUGGAGCAUCUAAGAGCGCGUAUGGCGUGCGAUUUCGCGCAGGAGGAAUACUGAAGGAGGUGAAAGCUAAUCGCGAAGUAAUUCUAUCAGCCGGUGCAAUACAAUCGCCGCAAGUGUUAAUGUUAUCUGGGAUCGGACCUAAAGAUCAUCUAGAAAAAAUGAUGAUCCCCGUGGUGCACGAGUUGCCAGGAGUUGGUGGAAAUCUUCAAGAUCACGUGGCGAUGGGUGGUAUGACAUACUUGGUGGAUCCACCAGAGGAAUACACGGGUACCGAUCCUUUCACAUUCGUUCUACCGAAAUCAGUUACCCCGGACACGAUCAAGAAAUUCGCAGUGAACCACACUGGGCCCUUAUACUCGUUGCCUAUGGCUGAGUCUAUGGCUUUUAUCAAUACUAAAUAUGCAAAUGUUUCGGAGGAUUAUCCUGAUAUACAGAUCUUCUUGUCGUCUGAAGCUGACAAUACGGACGGUGGUCUCUUCGGGAAGAGGGUCUGCAAUGUCGAGGACGAGUUCUAUGGGCGAUUAUGCGAAAAUAUCCUGUAUGAAUAUGCAUACUGGGUUAUUCCGCUACUUUUGAGACCUCGAAGCAGAGGAUACGUCAAACUGCGAUCGAAGAACCCAAACGAUCAUCCUAUCAUAGUUCCCAAUUACUUUGAGGAUCCCUAUGAUCUGGAUGUCCUGAUAGAAGGAGCGAAGACCAUUCACAAACUGAGCGAGACCCCAACGAUGAGGAGAUUGAAUGCACGGAUGAAUCCAAACCGUGUCUUGGAAUGCUCGUCUUUCGAAUAUUUAUCGGACGAUUAUUGGCGAUGUUUCGCUAGGCAUUACACGAUGACGAUCUAUCAUCCAUCUGGGACGUGCAAAAUGGGCCCUGCGAGUGACUCCAUGGCUGUGGUCGAUUCUAGGUUAAAGGUUCAUGGGAUCGAUGGACUACGAGUGAUCGACGCAUCGAUUAUGCCAAAAGUAGUAUCUGGAAAUACGAAUGCCCCGACGAUUAUGAUCGCUGAAAAGGGUGCUGACAUGAUUAAGGAGGAUUGGAAAUAUAAAUGAUAUUAUUGUACAUUGUGAAUAAUGCGAAUUAAAAUUCAAUUAUACCAAAAUUAUAACGAAGCCUUUAUUUUGUCGAAUGGAUUUCGUAUUCCUUAACAGACUUACAGUCAAUCCCAUAAGUAUUCGUAGUCUUUAUUUCUAUUGAAGACAUUUGUCUAAAUUAAUUGAUAGGUUUGAAGUUUCCAAAUACAUUUUUUAUUAUAAAUAUAUACAUGUAUGCAGACUAUUUAUGUACAUAUUUAUAAUGAAUCAUUUAUUUGGGGACAUCAAACCUGCCAAGAAUGAAUAUC